AUGGCCAACUUCGCCGCCCUCUUCGACCAUCGCUUCAAGCUGCCGCUCCAUAUCACCGAGCUAUUCUUGGUCGUGGUCGUCCUGAUUCUGUCCGUCGUCCAGAUGCUGACCCGGCCAAAGAAUGCUCCCUCAGGUCGAUCCAACACCAUGGCACUCGGAAUGGCUGCAAAGUCGCUCAUCAUCAUCCUAUAUCAGUUCCUGUCCAGCCAUGUCAACUCUUUCAAGAAAUGGGCCAGCCUCAAGGCAUACGUGAUCCUCAACGCACUCGAGAUCGUAUUCUGGGCUGCCGUGGUUUUCAUGGUGAUGCAGGCCAACACCAAGUUCUGCGAGGGCAUCAGCUGUACUCUGAGCUGGGUCAUCUUCGUGCUAGGCAUCUUCAUGAGGUUCGUUGAAGUCAAAUGCCUGGAGAUACUUGGACGUAAGCAACUGCGGCUGACCACGGGAUUCCAAUCAUACAGCUGUAUUGCCUCGCACAUGACCGCCAUCACCUGGCUCGACUUCAAGCACUUCCGCAACUACGGGACGCCUCGCGUACACCACUAUGAGAGCAAGCAUGUCGGCGACCAGAUCAUCUAA